AAUGGUACACCCCAUUUUGAAGCCCCUUGCACCCCACCUUCAUUCUGCUUUGUGUUAACAUGGGGCUCUUACCUUCACUUUGGAAGUGAGGUGAGAAUCGCUUCAUCUGCCAAGGGGACAGACUCCCACCUGUCUGUGAUGGGGGUUUUGACCUAAAGAGAAGCUAUCCUGGUGGAGCAGGCCUAGGAGUCCUACAGCCUAGUAAGCUGCAGGCCCAGAGCACAGACUUGGAUGGAAGACAUUGCAGAGUAGUCAGAUCAAAAUGCUGCAGCCAGAGAUAAAGGCAUCAGCUGGGAGAGGGGUGACUUUUUAAGCAGCUGAGUGCAAUGGACACCAAUUACAUUCCCUUACACAUCUUCCAGCUGUGCAUCAAAGAGUAGGUGAAGCCUCCGCAGUUCACGGAAACCGUCCUCCACAUUGGUCAAGCGCAGAAAUCAAGACUCCAAGAAAGAGGAAGGUGACUCUCAAGUGUAUUUGGAAAGUGCUCUGCACUGCCGUGUCUUGCGCCAUCAGUAUGAUAAAAGAGAUUUUCAAAUCCCAUGGCUGGCGUGGCCCCAGGCAUGAAAGUUAUGAAGAAAAAUAUGAACGCCGGCAGGAAAAGCGAGAAACCCUGCGCAGAAGGAGGAACAGGACCACAUGCCGUCUCACAGAUAAACGCCAGAGCAAAGAAGCCAAGGAGCUACUUCAAAGACGCCGAGAAAAAGUGAUCCUCAGAAGAAGAAAUUUAAUAAUGGAAGGGCCAGGAAGGAAGGAAGUGCAUUUGACUCCUGGCACAGACAUGUCCCUGGUUCCUGAGAACAGACCUGGAGAUUUAGGGGAGAGAUCAGCAUAUCUGAGAUCAUUGCCUACUAACCAGGAGUCUGGGGAUAACUGUACCUCUCAGCUUCAUACCAAAUCUGUGCAGCAUAGCUUCACUGACACUUUUGCACAUGGCAACUUGAACUCCUCUCCCAAAAACAUGUUCACUGUGAAAGUUUACACAACCUGUAAAGGUACCCAAACCACAGAUGAGUUGAGUACAGUAAAGAAAAGCUCAGGCCAACAGACAGAUUGUGGAACAGCAGUUUUAGAUAAGGAGAUUAUUCAACUUUCUAACUACCUCAAGGAGGCACUUCAUCGGGAGCUACUGCUGAAGCAGAAGAUGGCCAUCUUACAGGAACUUUUUGCCGCAUUGCUGCAAGCGGCAGAAAAGUCUUGGAAGGGUCAGCUAAAUGAAGACAAACUCAAGUGCAGGCUGAGUGCCCUGGAGAAUCAAUUGCAGACUUGCACCCAGAGUCACUCAAAGUGGAGCUUAAAGAGGAUUCUGCUGGAGAUGGAAGACCAAAAGCAGAACUAUGAGCUGAAAGCGAAAGAGUCUCUUCAGAAACUCCUUGAGGAGAAACUGCAGGUGGAAGGGCAGCUCCAGAAUGCCCAGAGAGCCCUAGCUGUUGCAGAAGAAGACUGUGCCCUCUGGAAAGAACACUACAAGACAUUAAAUGAAGACUGGAGCCAGCUGACUGACAAGCACAUUGAACUGGAAAACAAUCUUCAUGUCCUGGAGAACAAACUUCAGUGGUCCGACAACCAGAACUUUCAGCUGCACCAAGCCUUGCAGAGCUCUGAGACUGAACGUGCCCAGCUCUAUUCCAGAAUUAAUAAUCUGCAGGAAGACUACAAGGUCACAAUUGAGUGUCUCAGUGUAGUGGAAGGCAAGCUGCGAAGUGAAGAAAGAGAUAAGCUACAGCUGGAGGCAACAAUUAAACAUUUGCACACUAGCAGGUCUGGACUCAGCUCAGCCAGAACCAAACAGUCCAAAGACCACGAAGGGGGGAGAGAAAGCAGCCUGGAGGACCAGCUGCAAAAGAGGACAUCCCAGCUUGCAGCUAAGGAAAAAGAGUGCAUAGAUCUCCGUUGUGAGCUAGAGAUUCUGAGUGACGAGUACCGCAGCUGCCUUGCCAAGUUACAGCAGUGCCGAGAUGAGAUCAAUCACCCUCAGAGCAAAAAGACCAAAAGAUGGCAGGAUCAUUGGAUUCCUCUCCUACUGGUAGUGAUGGCAACAGCUGUAGUAUCCUACUUAAUAAAUUUUGUACCCUGAGUACACCCUACCUUUAGUUUUGCUUAUGUUACUGUUUUUACAUUUGGGCAUUCUGAGUUGUCUACAGAGAGUGACUAUUUUUGUAUCAAACAUGUUUUUAAUUUCUUACAGAAUUUUGAACUUUGCUAUCUCCUAAAGGAGUUUGUUGGACUGCUUGGCUUUGUAUGUUGCUUCAUUUGGCUGUUGUAUUCUUUUUUUAAAAAAAAAUUAAAGGCUACAAUACAAAAAGUACAGUGUCUGUCUGAUGCAUCCACCCUCCAGAGGGUUUUGAAUGGAAACAUCACACAAUUGUCCCAUAGCUUUGGAAACCUCAAAACCCACAAUCCAGCUAUGUGCUGUCUGACCAUGUAGGACAAGGCAAGGGAACCCAUGUCCCAUCAGAUGUUAUUGAACUACAACU